GUUUAUUUGCUCACUCUCUGGCUCGCUCCAACGUCAUUAUGAGGUGGGUUUCGGAUAUUAAGACACUCAAACGAGCUUCUUUUUUCUUUUUCUUUUUUUUUCCUCCAUCAAACAAUCGAUGGCUCUGUUCUUUUCUUUUCUUUUUUCCUGUUGACAUUUGCUUACAAAAUGAUGGAAAAUAAUCUCAAUAAAGUGCCGCCGCCUAUUUAUCAACAAGGCGUAGGUGAAUAUGGUAACGCCGGUGCAACAACAGCAGAGGCAACCGCAGGACAAACGUAUUAUCAACCACCCCCUCCGCCUGAAGGAGGCUUCUCUGAACCUCCUCCCGUACCCGCGGCUCCCAACACUGUAGGACAGCGAUUUACACAAUUCUAUGCACCACCCAAUAAUCGAAAGCUAGGCUUGAUGCGCCGAUGUUGUUCCAUCAUUUGCUGUUGUAUUGUGAUUGGUUUGGUCGUUGGAUUAGCAGCAGGUUUAACUACUCGAAACAGAUACCGCUAUAGUACCAUGGGGUCAUCAUGUAACUGUCGCGUCAAUGCGGAUUGCACUCGAAGAUAUGGCUUCAACACCUUUUGCUAUAACGGCUGUCAAUGUGCGCGUCGCGGCUAAACAAAAGACGCUUCGUAUUUUCUCCACUCUACGUUGUCACUUAUUACUACUUAUUAUUACUACUACUACUCAUCUAUUUUUACUUUAUUCAUUUUUGCAUUGUACUCACAAAAAAGCUCAAGAUAAAGAUCAAAAGACUCCAUGACCUUUUUCUCAUGCUAUCCUGGCUAGUUUUGUAAGG